AUGUUGGUAUUUGUUAUAUGCAUAUGGGAACUUUGGAUGCUUUGCUUAAUAAUAGUUACCCCUCCUCCAUUGAUAGUGGUGGAAGCGAACGAUGGAACCAUUUCUGUGGCUUCUGCAUUUGCUGCUCAUCAACAAGUUGUACAGGAUAGAGACCACAAAUUCUUAACAGAAGCAGUUGGAGAAGCUUAUAAGGGAGUUGAAUGUGGAGAUGGAGGGCCAUUUGGCGCAGUUGUUGUUCGUAAUGAUGAAAUAGUUGUCAGCUGUCACAACAUGGUUUUGAAAAACACUGAUCCGACUGCCCAUGCAGAGGUUACUGCCAUAAGAGAGGCCUGUAAGAAGCUCAAUCAGAUAGAGCUCGCAGACUGCGAAAUAUAUGCAUCUUGUGAGCCAUGCCCAAUGUGCUUUGGUGCUAUUCAUCUUUCAAGACUAAAGAGGUUGGUGUAUGGAGCUAAAGCUGAAGCAGCGAUAGCAAUUGGGUUUGAUGAUUUCAUUGCGGAUGCACUAAGGGGCACUGCAUAUUAUCAAAAAGCUCACUUGGAGAUCAAGAAAGCUGAUGGUAACGGUGCUGUUAUUGCUGAACAAGUAUUUGAGAAAACAAAGGCGAAAUUUCCCAUGUAUUGA